CCAUGGCAUACUUUCUCAAGCAAAUUUUCGCGACACAAUAAAAUUUAUCAGCUAUAUAUUUACAUUUAUUUAAAUUGUAAGUGGCUCAUCCAUAUAAUAUACACAUACAUAAAGAUAAAGGAUAAAUUCAUAAGAUAUUUAGUGCAUUCCAUCGCAAUCGUUUUCCACUAUUCUACUAUCUCCUUUCAACUAUACCACUAUACUAACGUCGCAAUGUAAUAAAUGUUGCAUACCUUCCAGUUUUCAGUAUACUAUUUGCGCCUACCUUUUUUAAUCUUCACCUUGCUUGGAAGUGGAGGCAAUAUUUGAAGAGAAAGUAACCGUGCGCACGUGAAUGGAAUAUUCAAAAAGUUGCAAAUAUACAAAGAUAUUACUCACACCAUUGCCUCACCCAUGCUGCGAAGAGUUAUUCAACCCACAAACAGAUUUUUAACAGUGAAACAAUACGGAUUAUUAUUAAUAUUAUUCUACGGUUGUUUGUUGGAAGAAGAUCGAAAAUCCAGUGGGGUGGUUUCAGGAUGACUUGUUGGUCGGACGAUAGCAUUGAACUUGUAACGGAGUGAUGUAGUCCCAAAAUGUAUUUUUUUGUGUCUAAUAGUGUUUGGGUGAUUCGAAAAAUGGAUAUGCAAUGGCACUAGUAGAAAACUGUUUUUGUUGUAGUGUGCAGAUCGCUUCUGGAUUUUUUGGUGCUUACUUAUUGAUCGCCUACUUGAUAGCGUUCGCAUUCGAACUGCUAUGGAUCGUAGAAUCGUACGUGGCCUUGCCUUCUGCGGCCGUCCUGCUAUGCGCGGGAUAUUUCGCAAUGGCGCUGUUCGCAGCAUUGCUAAUUCACGGUUUAGCGACGAAAACUUCGGUAUGCCUGCUGACGUGGAUGUUGUCUGUAACGCUGCUUACUUUUCCAGAAGCGGGAUUGGUCAUUUACAUGAGCAUCCAAUACUGGAGGAUAGAAAGCCUUUUUGGCAUCACCGAAUUAACUUGUUGGUUAAUUAGAAUAGUGAUAAACGUGAUCGAAAUCGUACUUAUACAUUCGUUGCAUUCCAUGUGGAAGCAGGAAGAGUUAGUGCACAAGAGAAUAAGAGACUUGAACAUGGUGGCCAUAUCAGUACCGACGGAAAAUUUACAAUCGUUGAACAGUCAGUUUUACCACAACAACGGAUAUGACCACUCUAUGGACCAUUUCGAUGAUUAUCCUCCCAGGUACGGAUCCUCGCCUAAUUUAUGGGAAUCUAUACCGAAUAACAUGGUGAUGAGUUUACCCUACGAAGGUUACCAGUUGUACAGCACUAGUGAAUUUAAUGCCAGCAUAUUUCUACCCAAUUUUGUAAAUACAAACGAUAGUUUAUCAGGUAAACGAGCUCAAUCGCUGAUGGAUCUUCGAUUACUCGAAGAACACACCAUUUUCAGCGAAAAAUUGAACCACCAAUACAACCCCUGGAUCAGCGCCGUUCAAACGAACACCACCAGCGCUGUAGUACCAAACUCCAAUGAUUCCUUAUCGCCCAGUCCGGGCAAAUUAACCAAAUGCGCUUCCGUAGACGCUUUAAACGUGAUCAAGAAGAACAAUCACAUAAUAAAGAACAGGUCAGGAUUCUACGCGCAGCCAUUGCCGAAUUACGGCGUUCCGAUUUAUUACGGACCUUUGGACGGUCCUGAUUUUUUAAUUUAUAAGAAACAAAUUGAUAAGUUGACGAGUAAAAAUUCGAUUAAUACUAAUACGACGAACACGUCUGUUGAUGAUGUACAGAAAUAUAGAGAU